AUGGCCUCACAACCGGCUGCGGCUUCAGAGGACCUCCCUCCAGUCGACAUCAAACCGCUUCUGGCCAAGAUGUGGCCCAACGACAACCGGGUAACGGCAGAUGAGAUUGCGGAAGCCAUUUCGCACUUUUUCACAAACCAAGUCACCCCUGCGCAGACAGCCUCGCUACUCAUGGCCCUACACUUUACGCAGAUGGACUUUCAGCCCGAGGUUCUCGCCAAGUGCGCCGCCGCCAUGCUGAAAGCUGCUGCACCUAUCCCGGUAGACGAGCUCAACGCUGUCAUUUCAAAGCGCGGGCACAAGGAGGGCAAUUACAACGGUGGACUUUGUGAUAUAGUCGGGACUGGGGGUGACUCUCACAACACAUUCAACAUUAGCACAACCGCAUCCAUAAUAGCCUCGGCCCUGGUCCUCGUAUCAAAGCACGGCAACAAGGCCAGCACCUCCAAGUCCGGCAGCGCCGACCUCAUUGCCAAGAUGCAGCCUCACGCCCCUGUUGUUGCGGCUGUCACGCCCGAGAACCUGGCCAAGGUCUAUGCGGCCACAAACUACAGUUUCCUCUUCGCCCCCCUCUUCCACACCGGUAUGCGCUACGUCGCACCCAUCCGCAAGCAGCUCCCCUGGCGGACCAUCUUCAACAAUGUAGGCCCGCUGGCGAAUCCCGUCGAGGACGUCCUCGAGUGCCGCGUCAUUGGCGUCGGCCGCAAGGAUCUAGGUCCUGCGUUUGCCGAGGCCCUUCGCUCCUCCGGCUGUCGCAAGGCCAUGAUUGUCUGCGGCGACGAGGACCUCGACGAGCUGAGCUGCGCCGGAAAGUCGCACUGCUGGAUGCUCAAGGAGAGGAGCCCCGGCGGCGACGUCUACACGGACUACUUCACCGUUGAGCCCAGCGACUUUGGCGUCUCGACGCACGCCCUGACGGAGGUAUCCUCUGGCAAGGAGCCGGAGGAGAACGCGGCGAUUCUGCAAAAGAUCCUCCACGGGGAGCUGCCUGACAACGACCCGCUCAUCGAGUUUGUCCUCAUCAACGCGGCCGCCCUCUUUGUCGUUUCGGGCAUCUGUGAGGCUGAAACCACUAGCAUGGGCCCUGGUGACGACGGCAAUGUGAUUGCUGAGCGCGGCCCUGGCGGUCAGCGCUGGAAGGAGGGUGUGCGCCGUGCCAAGUGGGCGAUUCGCAGCGGCGAGGCCUGGAAGCAGUGGUCGGCGUUUGUGGACAUUACCAAUGAGUUGGGUGCAUAA